AUGGUGAAAUUCUCCAAGGAGCUGGAAGCGCAGCUCAUUCCAGAAUGGAAAGAUGCAUUUGUGAAUUAUUGGCAGCUGAAGAAACACGUCAAAAAGAUUAAGGUGGCUAGGAAACCUAAGCAUGCUCCAGACUCCAACUGUGAUUUCGGCAUCUCCGUUUUCGACCCCAUUUGUCGUGUUGUCAAUCAAAUCACCAGCAGGUUUCACAGUGGUGGAGACGAAGAGGCCCCUGAAAUUAUUCAGGUCAAGAGAAAAUUUAGAGAAGGAAAAGAUGGAGAAGAAGAAGAAAUUUAUGAAACUGAGCUUGCUCAUCUCUUUUCUGAGGAAGACGAGGUUAAGGUGUUUUUCGAGACAUUAGAUGAUGAACUUAACAAAGUGAACCAAUUUUAUGAGACUAAGGAAACUGAGUUUCUAGAAAGAGGGGAGAUUUUGAAUAAGCAGCUUCAGAUUUUGCUCGAUCUCAAGAGGGUUCUCAGUGAUCGGCGUCGGAAAAAUUUGGCUGCUAAUACGGGCUCCGGCUUCCUUUCGCAUACCAGCUCAUCAUUCGGCCGGAACUCGGAUUUCUUGGAAAGCCAAAGUGAAUACUGUGACAGCCCGAAGGAUUUGCAAACAGAAGAUGACGUUAUUGCAGCGUUGGAGAAGAAUGGCAUAAAUUUCAUUAAUUCCGCCACCACAACACGAGCAAAGACGAAGAAAGGGAAGCCGAAGAUGGCCCUGAGAAUCGAUAUUCCAGCAACAACACCGUCGCGCACCAUAGCCGCUGUCACAUCAAUGCUUUGGGAGGAUUUAGUGAACAACUCCUCCACGAAGGAAUUCGGCAGCAGCACAGGAGAAUUCAUUAACAGAAAGAAGAUACAAUAUGCAGAAAAGAUGAUUAGAGGGGCAUUUGUGGAGCUCUAUAGGGGCCUUGGCUUGCUCAAAACAUACAGCACAUUAAACAUGGUGGCGUUUAUAAAGAUUCUUAAGAAAUUUGACAAGGUAUCGAACCAGCAGGCCUCAGCAAGUUACCUUAAAGUUGUCAAAAGAUCACAUUUCGUUAGUUCUGAUAAGGUUUUAAGGCUAAUGGAUGAAGUGGAGUCCCUAUUCACACAGCACUUCGCCAACAGUGACAGGAAAAAGGCAAUGAAAUUCUUGAGACCCCAACACCACAAAGACUCUCACAUGCUUACCUUUUUCGUAGGUUUAUUUACAGGUAGCUUUAUAACUUUGUUCAGUGUUUAUGUAAUAUUGACGCAUUUAAGUCGCACGUUCUCCCCUGGAAUAGAAGCCGCUUACAAGGAAACCGUCUACCCUAUAUUCAGCACGUUUGCAUUGCUAAGCUUGCACAUGUUUAUGUAUGGAUGCAACCUGUUCAUGUGGAAGAGCACAAGAAUCAACUGCAAUUUCAUCUUCGAAUUCAAGUCCAGCACAGCCCUCAAUUACAGAGAUGCUUUCCUCAUUUGCACCUUUUUAAUGACUGCUGUUGUUGGGGUUAUGGUUAUUCACCUAAUCUUACUCUCCAAAGGAUUCUCGCCGCUUCAAGUCAACAUGAUCCCGGGAAUUCUACUGCUCUGUUUCGUCGUGCUGCUCGUAUGUCCAUUGAAAAUCUUAUAUCGUCCAACACGAUACUCCUUCAUUAGGGUCAUACGCAACAUAGUUUGCUCCCCCUUUUACAAGGUUCUGAUGGUAGACUUCUUCAUGGCUGAUCAACUUACCAGCCAGAUUCCAUUAUUGAGGCACAUGGAAUCAGCAGCCUGUUAUUUUCUUGCUGGAAGUUUCAAAACACACAAUUAUGGGACCUGCAAAUCCGGAAAGCUAUACAUGGAGUUUGCUUAUGUUAUCUCUUUCGCGCCCUAUUACUGGCGCGCGAUGCAGUGCGCCAGAAGAUGGUUCGAUGAAAAUAACACAGACCACCUAGCUAAUUUGGGGAAGUAUGUCUCGGCUAUGGUGGCAGCAGGGGCAAGGUUAACCUAUGCACGGCAGCAAUCAGAAUUGUGGAUGGCUAUAGUUUUGGUGACUUCAUUGGUAGCCACAGUUUAUCAGUUGUACUGGGAUUUUGUCAAAGAUUGGGGACUUCUUAACCCGAAAUCCAAAAAUCCAUGGCUUAGAGAUGAUCUGAUAUUGAAGAAUAAAAGCAUCUAUUAUAUAUCCAUUGCCUUGAAUUUUGUCCUAAGAGUAGCAUGGGUGGAAACUGUGAUGAGAUUCAGUGCUGGAAAGUUUGAGAAACGCUUGCUCGAGUUUUUCCUGGCUUCGCUUGAGGUCAUCCGACGUGGACACUGGAACUUCUAUAGAUUGGAGAAUGAACACCUCAAUAAUGUUGGCAAGUUUAGGGCAGUGAAGACUGUUCCAUUACCGUUCUCCGAUGGCUGA